CAUGUCUCAAGUCUUACCUAUUGAUAAAAAACAACUUCGAGCUUGUUUAUUAUGUUCUUUAAUAAAGAAUGCUUCUCAGUUUCGAGCUAAUGGUUGUGAAAAUUGUGAAGACAUCUUGCAAAUGAGAGGCAGUAUGGAUCGUGUCUCUGAAUGUACAAGUGGGAAAUUCGAAGGUGUGAUAGCUUUAAUGCACCCAAGAGAUAGUUGGGUAGCAAGGUGGCAACGCAUUGAUAAAUUUCAAAAAGGCGUAUAUGCUAUUGUAGUGUAUGGCAGAGUACCAGAAGAUGUGGAAGACGAAUUAGAUCGACGCGGAAUUACAUAUAGACCAAGAGAUGGCAGUGUAAAAGAUUAA